AUGCAGCAGGCACAGACUGAUCCCAUUGGGGCUGCUAGGCAAGCAGACAGUCUAGAAGGUGUCUGGGGCAACACCCAGGGAGGCGGCAACCUACCCUUCACACUUAUCAGUGGAGACUCUGAGAGCGACCCUUUCGGACCAAACAAUCAAUAUUCUUGGAACAGGAAUGUCGACUGGGUUCCCAAUGCCAAUGCCAACCCAGCAGGCGACGAUGCACAAAACACUCAAGGUUGGACUGGGCUUCCAGACGUAGUUGGGUUCCAAUUGAACCGGACAUGGGAGGUUGUCCCUGGUGCCACGCAGCCAUUCUACAUCUCGGCGGGCUGGCAAGAUCGUGCAUCAACGAUCAAGCGAGCAGUCAUCACUAUGCCUGGUAAACCCCGUGAUAGUUGGAAAUACUCUCAGCUUAUUCGCAUCGCGUUGAACGUCACUGUCACGAAUUUCCAGCAAUACGGCCUGACAAAUUUUGACGACGUCGUCGUCAUCGGCCCUGCUUGGCUAAACCAAUUCGAUCAAGAGUACGGCGCUUCAAGACCAACCGACCUCAUCUUCCACGGCUCUCAAUGGCAAUCCGGCGGUUACAGCCGAUCUCCAAAUCUCACGCGCAGCAUCACCACUUACGACGUCUUGGAUGCCUUCACUGACUGGCUCUUCGAUCAGAAGCAAUUCCCAGCUUUGACAUCGGUGGCGUUCGCAGGCCAUUCCAUGGGAGGCCAAGCGGUCCAGCGUUAUGCGCUCUUGAAGAAGACGAAGGCAUACGACCGUAACAUUCACUACUGGAUCGGUAACCCCGGUUCUUGGGCUUGGCUCUCGGACUCGCGAACAUUCCCUACGAGCAACUGUUCAGCGACCUUUGACGAAUGGCAAUAUGGGCUGGGCGGUAACCAGACCAAGGUUUCCAAGUACGCUCGCAAGGAUGUUAUUGCAAACCGACAAGAUGUGGUGGACCGCUUCAAGACGCGCAACGUGCACUACGGACUUGGUCUGCUGGAUAACGGUGCUGGUGACACUCACUGCGAAGCUAUCACUCAAGGCGGGAACCACUUGAACCGUGGCAACCAAUUCGUGUUGGCCUACGAGAAUAAUGGCGGCUUUCCCUCCACGCACACGGUGGACUACGUUCCCAACGCUACCCACCAGGACUACUCGAUGAUUUCUUGGAACUUUACGCUACAACGCCUGUUCACGGAUGGCAUCCAAACUCGUCAACCUGCCUUGACUGAUUUGCGCAACCCAGGCGACAAGAACAAAACGACUGGCGCUGUGCCCAAUCCUCCUCCUCGAGCAUUCGCAACGCCGAUCCACAAGAUCGUAGCGUACGCUUUGCUUGGAGGCUCGGUUGCAGGAACGGCUCUCGCCUUCUUCAUUCUACCCUUCCUCUUCUCCAACAACACUUCAACUUGGGAGCAAGAGCAGUGGGAAGCAGAGAGCAAGCGCAAGCUUUUGUGA